AUGUCGGCGACCAUGCUGCGGCAGAUGCUGGUGGACGCGGCAGCCUUCCUCAAGGCCGAGCGCUACCAGGAGGCGCAGGACGCGGGGAGGCGCGUGACGCAGUUCGACCCCAACAACUUCCAGGCCUUCAUGUGCGUGGGGUUGGCCAGCUUCCACCUGCAGCAGUGGGAAGACUGUGAGGAGGCGUACCGGCGAGCGGCCGACAUCAAACCGGACAUGCCGGCGCCCUGGAAGUAUCUCGUGGAUCUGUUUGAGGCGAGGAACGAUGUCAAGAGCAAGUUGCAACCGCUGGAGAAGCUCGUGGAGAUCAACUUGAGUGGCAAGAAACCGAAGCGCUGUCAGAAGUGGGUCGCGGAAGUGGCGGCCGCGGCGAUGGAGCUGAAGAUGCUGCCGAAGGCUUUCGACUCGUGGUACACGCUUGUCGGGGAGCAGCCUGGAGAUGCUGGACAGCUCUCGCUUGAAAAGACCCCGAACGAGGAGCUGCCGUCGCCGCUGAAUAUCUGGCUGGACUUGGUUGACUUGCUUCAGCGUCCUGGAUUCACGCUAUCGGAUUGCUCGGUGAACUGUUCGACCGCCGAGUUCUCAAGCCAGUUUUUUGCCGUGACGUCUCGUACAGACUGGACAGCCCAGACCGAGGAGCUCGAUGUGCUUCGGCCGCGAAUGGACGGCGCCAUCGCGUACUUCAUGCGCUUUCACCUUGAUGCAUUGAAGACGUCAAAGAAAAAAUCUUCUCUCCUCAAAACGGUGGAUGCGCUCGCGACGUCAAUCAUUCAAUGGUUCCCAGGAUUAAAGAUCCCAGCGGAAUAUUUGCUGCUGCGAGCUGAGGACCAGGACAGUCCUAUCACGUUGGAUAAGGCUACCGAAAUCGCGAAGGGGCUUUCAGCCACUCAUUCCAAGAGCCCAAUGGCUCUUGUUUAUCAAGCACUCGAGUGUCUGCAGCACUUCGCUGAAGCUCUUGCCGGGUACUCCUCCUCGUCAUUUCAAGAAUGCGCUCUUUGUAUUCGCGUCCAGGUUGAGCUUGCUUCUAUUGCACUCGCCGCACGCGAUGUUGAGGGCUGCUUGAAUCGCUUAGCUCUUGCGAAAAAGGUGGUGGCUGACAAGUCGAAAUCACUUGGAUCUGAAGGCCCAUUCCCCUCUGUGUAUUCGGAGGUUAAGGUGCUGUUCAUGACAGCAACGGCGUGUGAGUUCUCCGGCGAUGCGGACAAAGCGUUGGAGAGCUACCGUGGGGUCAUGGAGAGCGGAGACGUUGAUCUCGCGGUGAAAGCGGCGAUUGCAGCCGCAGAACUGUUAUCAGCAAAAUCGCAGCCGAAGGAGGCUUUGGAAAUUAUCGACUCGGUUACGGCAUCUACGCUAGAGGACGAAAACAUGAGCGCGGCGUUAUCGUGCACGCGCGGAUGGCUUCAAUUCCAGCUUGGUGAUCUUCGACAGGCUCAGUCACUAUUCGAGACAAAUGUGAGCAAGAUUCCGGUCACUGAUGUUGUCGAUAAGGGGCGGACUCUCAAGCGGCUGGCCAUUGUGUACUGGCACCUCGGUGGCUCUCAUCAAACAGCCAAGGCAGGGUGCUUCGGUCAUCUCCUUCAAGCCGCCAAGCUGACUCCGUCGGAUGCGGAAAUCUUCUCCUGGCUCGGCAAAUGGUAUCAAGAAGUAGCGCAAGAUAUUCUGCGAGCCGAAAAGUGUUUCUUGAAGGCUCUUUCCAUUUCUCCGACGAAUGGGCUUGCGGGAAUGGCUUUGAGCAGCCUGUAUGAUGUUCAAGGCAAGUAUGACGCCAACGUCAAACUUUGGGAACGAGUGACUGAGGAUCAAGAAACUGCUCCCACAUGGGCACUCCUGCGGCUUGCUCAGCACUUGGUCGAACAAAACGACGAGAGUGCUGUGGGUAAGAUGCACCUAGUGCUUCGUAACGAUCCCAUGAACGCCCAACACUGGGUCAUUCUGGCUCACAUCUACCAGAAUUUCGACAAGCAAGUCUCCGCGCAGAGAUCGUAUUUGAAGGCCAUUGAAGUAGGUGAAGAGAAUUGGUGCGUUCGGUGCGAACUGGCACGGAUUGAAGGAUCAUUGCUACUUUUCGACGAUGCUUUGGAGCGUAUUAAACCGGUUGUCACCGGCGACCUAUCGGAUGGUGAUCCGGAUGUAACCGUUGCAUCAAUGAUUUACGCGGACCUGCUCUUCCAGCAAGCAAAAUACCUGUGUGCUGAAGGGCUGUAUGGCAAUGCCGCGGCCAAUUUGAAGGAGGCUUCAACUUUAAUGAAGGGAUUACCAUCUACCUCGCCUCUAUCUGGAUCUGUGGAAGCGUGCAAAUUGAUCGGCGACAUCCACUGUUUUGCGUUCUACCUGUCACCAGAAAACUUUUCGAGCGAGGGAUCCAGUUGGGUUGAGUUCAUAAGCACCGGAAUGAAGGCGUACGAGGCUGCAGUGCUACUUUCCAGAAAGACCAAAAAGGAGGUUGUUGACGGACCUGACGCGGUGGCUGCAGAGAGAUACUACGAUAUUGGUCUCAGUUGCUGGUACGAAGCGCAGGCUCAGAGCAAUGUGCAAGGUGUCCACACUUCAGCUUUCGUGAUCGACAAACUCCAUUCCACCAGUGAAGCCAACACAACGGUUGCGAUGUUGAAAGCAAAAGCAGCAACAAAUUUCAAGCUGGCCCUUCAGGAAGAUCCUUCGUGCUCACUGGCGUGGAACGGCCUGGCGCUGGUAUCCGACAGUCUGCUGGUAAAGCAGUUUGCGUGGGCUCGUGCAAUUCAAACUGGAAGCAGCAGUGAUGCCACGUGGGCGAACCUGGGCAUGUUCUACCUCAGCCAAGCCGAUUCAGUACCGUCGACAGCCUCUUUGGCGCAAAAGUCAUUCCUUCAGUUACAGAGCAUGAAUCCUAGCAACCCGUCGAUGUGGAAUGGGUAUGCGAUGCUCGCUCGCCGCCAAGCUAGCUCCACAAUCCAGCAAAGGAAAACGAUUGAAGCUUUCGAUUGUGCGCUGCAGGUCGGGUUGGAUUUGGACGCUUUGCUAGGCUUGAGCAUGGCGUUGCUUGAUUACGGAACAAGCGUUGGUGAUUCGAUAACUCAAGCACCGGAACACGGCAAUGAACAGGUGAUGUUCUAUCUAAAGAAGUACCUGGAACGGGAUCCAUUCAACCCACGCGCAUGGCACGCACUUGGUGUCGCACAACAUCGGCUUGGUUUGUACACGGAAGCAUUGUCGUCUUACACCCGUGCGGCUUCGUCGCCACAGGCGCCCAACGGUCUCGAAUGGAACAAACUGGUGACAAAGCUGGGUGAGUUGUCCGCCACAACCCAUGAUGCAAACGUCGACGAGCUGGCACUCCUGGAACAAAUUGCUGCUUCGGUUGAGGCGACACCCGGUUUUUCUGCAUCGCUGCAAGCCAUUGUGCAAGCCCAGAUACUGUACCGGCAGUCGAAGGAGGGUGAGGCACUGAACUUGCUGCAGGUGUUGCUCUUACAAGAGGACUCGGAAUCCGCGGAAAGCGAGGUUGUUGCCCUCGUCGGUUUAUCGAUGGCGAGCUUACUGAUGAAAAAGUUUACUUCCCAGACCACUGAUCUCGCGACAGUGUGUAAGGAGCACCUCUUGUCGUUGAUUGACCAAGCGGAGUCGACUCUGACAACGCGCGACUAUCUGAACCUGCGUUUGGUUGAGCUUCACGAACGGUUUGUUGGUGUUGAAGAUUCUUACUUGUCGCGCUUGCAAGCGUUAUCGCAAGCUAACGAUGGUGCCAACUCGAGUACGUUGUGGAUGCGACUGGCGCUUGCGACGAUCGACUCGCAGAACCUUCAAGUGUCGAGUUGUCUUGCUGAGUACUUGCGUUCGGGCGCUAAGAAUGUGCCUUCACCCGGCAAUGAGACUGUGGACCGCAACUACUUGGACGCGUUGCUGGGACUGUUCAAGGCGGGUCCAUCUGGGGCAAAAGGCUUGUGCUUGGACGCGCAGAAGCUGAUCCGUGCUCAACCAUGGAACACGCAGGCCUAUUUGUUGGCUGGCGCAAGCAUUCUCAAGCGCAUUGGGCUCGAAGCACAGCAGGCCUCUCACGAUGAGGUUCUUCGCCAGUUGCUACACCUAUUGCAAACCGGUUUAUCGCUGGCUGCUUCUGCUAGCAAAAACGAGUACGACGCAGCUCAGUUGGAGCUGCUGAUGAGUUACAGCUACGUCAAGCUUGGCGAACGGGACCAGGCGACUGCUGUCUCGAAUGAGGCACUGAAGCGUCUCGGAGCAGCUGAAGCGAGCGGUGUGCUGGCGCACUCUGUGGAUGUUGAAUUGCUGAAAGCGCGGCUGCUCUCGAUUUCGAACUCGACUAAGGCCUUCGAAAAAUAUCUGGGCAUAGUUGCUGAUGUCUCGGCAACUGCUAGUGAGAGUUCGUCGAGCAGACUGGUGCCGAUCCUCAUUGAGCUCGGCGGGCUUUACGAAGAAGAACAGCUCCUGGAUGCCGCUAUCAACGUGUGGAAGCUUGUUGCCUCCUUAACUGCGACCAAGUCCCCUGGUACAGCUGAAGGCGAUGACGAUGUGAGCAGCACUACCACAGCGUUGAGCAGCAACAGCGAUCUUGCCACGUGCUUCUUGGCGAACUUGCGGCUUGCGAUUAUCCACGGCAAAAAGAACAACGUCAAGCCGGCGCGCAAGCACAUCAAGGUUGCUGUUACUCUCGCUGAAGCUGGAGGUGACUCCAACUCGUCCACCGUUGCUGCGUUCGUGGAGAACGUCCUCGCUAACUAG